AUCUCCACUUGCUCUUCCUGGUCCAGAGAGAAGUGAACUCCGCUGUCAAGCGAACUGUCUACCCGGACUAAAGUACCUCUAUUCCGGUUAGGAUGAGACCCAGAAGACGGGGAAUACGGUUGCUUGGGGGUGAGAAGUAAUUCGAAGGUUGUCUACGCCUCCGUGUUCCAAAAUGUUACAAAUCAAGGAUAAGUUUUACGAGUUCAAACACUGCUAAUUGCUACAUGCUAGCAAGUUCCCGUGUCCCCGCUAUUAGCUUAGCUCCCAGCCGAGCACAGCGCCUCUUUCGCCUGAAGAAAGAUUGCUUGAAAACUUGUGACAAACUCUUUGAAAUAAUUCCUUCUACCCGAAGAGGACAACAAUAUGGAGAACAAGGAAAAGGUUCAGCUAAGAAACCACCCUCGCAGGCAACUUAAGAAGUUGAGUGAGGACAAUCUCACCAAGCAGCCAGAGGAGGUUUUUGAUGUCCUGGAGAAGUUAGGGGAAGGGUCAUAUGGAAGCGUGUUCAAGGCUCAUUACAAGGAGACCGGGGAGAUCGUUGCCAUCAAGCAGGUUCCAGUGGAGUCGGACCUCCAGGAGAUCAUAAAAGAGAUCUCCAUCAUGCAGCAGUGCAACAGCCCCCAUGUGGUGCGUUAUUAUGGAAGCUAUUUCAAGAACACAGACCUUUGGAUUGUCAUGGAGUUCUGCGCCGCAGGAUCGGUGUCAGACAUCAUACGACUCCGCGGAAAGACGCUAAGUGAGGAGGAGGUGGCCACCAUCCUGCAGUCCACUCUGAAGGGUCUGGAGUAUCUCCACUUCAUGAGGAAGAUCCACCGGGACAUCAAAGCCGGGAACAUCCUACUGACGGGGGAGGGGCAGGCCAAGCUGGCCGAUUUCGGAGUCGCCGGUCAACUGACUGACACCAUGGCCAAGAGGAACACAGUGAUCGGUACUCCGUUCUGGAUGGCCCCUGAGGUGAUCCAGGAGAUCGGCUACAACUGUGUGGCAGACGUGUGGUCCCUGGGCAUCACCGCUAUAGAGAUGGCCGAGGGGAAGCCCCCCUACUCUGACAUCCAUCCCAUGAGGGCUAUCUUCAUGAUCCCCACCAACCCAUCCCCCACCCUGCGGGACCCUUCCCUCUGGUCUGGAAAUUUCGUGGACUUCAUCGCUCAGUGUUUGGUGAAGAACGCAGAGAGCAGGGCUACUGCUACGCAGCUACUACAGCAUCCCUUAAUCCGCUCAGCUAAAGCUAGCUCCACAUUGAAGCCUCUCAUCAACGAUGCCAUGGAAACCAAGCAGAGGAGACUGGAAGAGGCGGAGCAACGGGACCAAGAUGCAGAGGAGGACGACAACUCGGAUGAGGAUGAGGUGGACGUCGGUACCAUGGUGCUGGCGGGGUCGGAGGGCAGCGACACAAUCCGUAUGGGGGGCACGGGACCCUACCCCGGUACCCAAGGGGAGCAGGACACUGGGACUAUGGUGUCCUCGCUGGGGACCAUGGUCAUCAACUCUGAUGAAGAGGAGGAGGAGGGGGACGGAACCAUUAAGAGGCGAGGGGAGACUCUGCAGCCAGCCAAGCCCGCCUUCCUAGAAUACUUUGAACAGAAGGAGAGAGAGGCCAACCAAGGAGGAGGAGGGGACUCAGACAACCGCAAACUCCCCCCCGACGGAGACAUGGAGGUGGUGAGUCAGCAGGAGAUGCGGUCGUGGAGCGUGGAGGAGCUGCGGGCGCGGCUGGCCUCCCUGGACCCCAAGAUGGAACAGGAGAUCGAGGAGAUCCACCAGAGGUACCAGGCCAAGAGACAACCCAUCCUGGACGCCAUACAGGCCAAGAAACGACCCCAGCACAACUUCUGAAAACACCUCCUCCACCUGUCCUCUCCUCUCUCAGCCCCUUUCUUCGGCCCUACCCUCCUCCCUUCCUCUCCCUCCUGUCUUCCCCUGCCUCCCUUCUACCCUCAACUCUUCUCCUCUCCCGUGUCCCCCCGCCUUUCUCCCCUCCUCUCUCCAUUCCCUUCUUUCCCCUCCCCUCCCCUCCC